AUGGCAGAAGUACCAGUAAACUCGACUUGUUUGUCUGGAGGAGUCGGGGUUGUACUCACCCGAUCUGAGAGCUGCAGUCUCGGUUUUUACUGCCCUAAUAAUACCGAAAUACAUCCACCAGAAUACUGCCCCCCAACGCCGGAAUGCCAGAUCAUACGAAUGGGAGGCUCAAGCUGUGAGCCACAAGGCCUCUACGAACCUAUAGUAUGCCCGAGUGGCAGCUACUGUCCAGAAGGCGGAAAGGAAAAGAUCAAGUGCCCUGCUGGACACUGGUGCCCGGCGGGAUCAUUUGAACCAUUGAAAUGCAAGAUUGGGACAAUUUGCCGUGAAGGGAGUUCAAAUAAAAGGCCAGUUAUUGGGUUUGGUAUUUCGGUAGCUAUUGAUAUAAUUUUGAUUAUAAUGUUGUUUGGGUUUGGAGCUUGGAAGAAAGUAACAGGUAGGGGUAUGGGGGGAAAGAGGACAAUAAAACAGGCAUGCAACGGAAGUGGGCUACCGACACAGUCGGUAACACCGGUGGCGAAAGGCUCAGAAUUGUUGAUGAGUAAAACUACGGUUGGGAAGAAUAUCGUCAGUGAUGUUAACCCGGAUAAGGUGCUACCAGUAUCGGAUAUUGAGACUAAUCAUGUCGUUGAUGUCGAGGAGCUAAUGGAAGAAACUAACGAGGAGUUGAAAAAACUCGUGGAAUCAUUUGAAAAAUGUAUCGAUGGAAACCAUGUUGGCUUAUCGUUUGAUUUCCAGGAGCUGGGACUGACCCUUAGGAACGGGCGGCAGUUGUUAGCGGAUAUUAAUGGGAGUAUUGAAAGAGGAUCGAUGUGGGGGGUUAUGGGUCCUUCUGGAGCUGGAAAAACUACCUUCAUAAAUGUUCUCAUGGGGAAGAUUGAUAAGACCUCUGGGUCUCUUUUCGUCAACGGUGUGAAAGAGGAUAUGAAAGUGUAUAAACGCAUCAUUGGCUAUGUCCCCCAAGACGACGUCGUUCUUGCAGAAUUGUCUGUUCGUCAAAACAUUCUACACAGCGCUAGAGUACGCCUCCCAUCCAGCUGGUCCGAGUCAAUGAUACAGGAUCACGUUGAUCGGAUCAUCUCGUGCCUUUCACUUACUCAUAUACAACACUCUCUCGUCGGUGAUGCAAUUCGGCCUGUGAUUUCCGGUGGACAGAGGAAACGAGUGAAUAUCGGCAUAGAACUGGCCGCAGCGCCGAUGGCGUUGUUUUGUGAUGAGCCGACAUCGGGACUCGACUCCACUGCUGCUUUGCAAGUCGUGAAGCUUCUUCAGGCAAUCAGUAAGCUUGGCGUCACAGUGGUGUCUGUGAUUCACCAACCGAGAACGGAGAUUUUUGAGUGUCUAGAUAACAUCCUCCUGAUAUCCGAUGGAAGACCGCUUUGGCAGGGUGGGAGAGCAGAUAUGAUCACAUAUUUCAAAUCCCACGGUUUUAGUUUCAAGCCUACUUUUAAUCCUGCAGAUAUCGUAAUGGACAUUAUAUCCGGCCAAGGCCACCGUCAUAGGACCCUCCCGAGAGAAAAUGAAAUUCAAUAUCUUAUUUCGGAAUGGCAGACAUCGAAGCCCUCGAAACCGCUACCAACCACUAACACGGCCGAAGAAUCAAAUGCGCUUGCAAAGACAAUUAAAAAGAGAGGCGCAUAUUGGUAUAAACAAGUAUGGUAUUGUUUCGUUCGGUCUUUGAUACAGCAGCGUCGACAAACCUCUGAGUUCUAUCUUGAAAUAUUUGUUGGUGCUAUUGCGGGUGCAUUCAUGGGCCUAGCUACAAUGCGAGAGAAGGGAUAUUUGUUUCACGGAAUCUAUAGGGAGCCCAAUGAACUUCUUAGCUCAGCUUUGCAAUAUAUCAAAAUCCCGCAAAUUGGCAUGCUUACGUGCACGGCAAUCGGUAUAGCGGGGGGUCCAGGUGGGGUGAAGGUUUUUGGCGAAGAAAGUAUAUAUUCACCUCCUUUUUGCCGCCUUGAUGCGGACUUGCGCUAA